CCACUCUCCAGUCCCAACCAUAACACCAACACAAUCACAGUAUCCCUCUCCCCUCCAAAUCCCACGCACAAAAGCCACCAAAUUUUCUCGAGAAACAAACAGACCCUAGACAGCUCACACCCACAAUACAAUCAUUUACAGACUGACCACCAAUUUUCUCGAGAAAAUCUAAUCCAGUCCAAUCCAGGCCAAUCGGAUUAUCAGAAUUGAAAAUGCCAAUAAAAGGAAUGAGGAGCUUGUGCUUACACUCCAAAACGCCGUCGUUGGCGGCCUACUCUUCUUCCCCUUCCAGACUAUCGGCCUACUCUUCUUCCCCUUCUAGGCCUUCCGUUUCAUUUCCAACCCGGCAGCGCUUUCCCGUGAAGAACUUCACGGACGCGAUGAUCCAGGAGAUCAUCGACAACGCCGCCGUAUUGGUCAUGAAGUGGAACCCAGACACCUCCACGUACGCCAAAGUCACUUCCUUAUUCUACGAGAGCAAAAACGAAGCCCGGCAGUUUCUCCGCUGCGUGACGGACCUCCAGAGUGCCAUGCACUACCUCGUCCAGGAGGACCCCACCUCAGAAAAACUCGUUCAGGCGCAGAGCCUCAUGCAGGUGGCAAUGAAGCGCCUCCAGAAAGAGUUCUACCAGAUCCUCUCCAUGAACCGGGAACACCUCGACCCAGAAUCAGUCUCCACCCGGUCCAGGUCCUCUAUCGCCUCGACCCGGUCCAGCAUAUCUGAUGACGACGAAGACGGCUGCGCCACCACAGACGACGACGUAAAAUUCGCCACAGACGCCAUCCUCGAAGUCGAACAGGUCUCGGCGAUCGCUAUGAACGACUUGAAAUUAAUCGCCGAGUGCAUGAUCACAUCGGGAUAUUCGAAGGAAUGCGUCCACAUCUACAAAAUCAUCAGAAAAUCGAUCAUCGACGAGGGAAUGUACAAGCUCGGAGUCGAGCGGUUCAGCUCGUCGCAGAUUGGGAAGAUGGACCGGGAGGUUCUUGAUCUGAGAAACAAGAGCUGGUUGAACGCGGUGAAAAUCUCGAUCUCCACGCUCUUCAAUGGCGAGCGAAUCCUAUGUGACCACGUGUUCGCAUCCUCUGCCUCGAUCCGCGAGUCCUGCUUCACGGACAUUACUCGCGAGGCGGCGACUUUGCUCUUCGGCUUCCCGCAAGUUCUUGUGGUGGUGAAGAGCAAGAAGAACUUGCCGUCUCUCGACAUCUUCCGCCUCCUCGACAUGUACACUGUGAUCUCCGAGAACUGGCCGGAGAUCGAAUCCAUCUUCGGCUUUGAAUCCACGGCUGCCGUCCGUUCUCAGGCGCUCAACUCGCUCAUCAAACUCAGCGUAUCGGUGCUAUCUCUGCUCUCCGAUUUCGAGUCCAUGGUCCAGAAAGACUCGUCGAAAUCCGUCCCCACCGGCGGCGGGAUCCACGAUCUGACUCUCAACGCGAUGAAUUACCUCUCGCUCCUCACAGAUUACAGCAACGUCCUCGCUGACAUUAUUACCGACUGGCCUCCGCCGGCGAAAUCAUCCCAUCCGGAAUCAUACUUCGACAGCCCCGUCUCCGACGAAGCUCCUGCACCGGCUAUCUCCGCCCGCAUGGCGUGGCUCGUCCUCGUCCUCCUCUGCAAGCUCAACGACAAGGCCAAGCACUACAAGGACGUCGCACUCUCGUACCUCUUCCUCGCCAACAAUCUCCAGCACGUAAUCUCGAAAGUCCGUACGUCGAAUCUCCAGUACCUCCUUGGCGAGGACUGGAUUUCGAAGCACGAGGCGAAAGUGCGGCAGUUCGCGGCGAACUACGAGAAAUUGGCUUGGGAGAAAGUGUUAUCUUCGCUGCCGGAUAAUCCGACGGCUCAGAUUUCUCCCGAGGAAGCGAGAUUGAUCUUCCGCAAUUUCAAUUUCGCCUUUGACGAAGCCUAUCGGAAACAAAGAACGAGUGUCGUACCCGACCCGAAACUCCGAGACGAGAUUAAAGUUUCGGUAGGGCAAAAGCUCUUUGCCGUUUACCGGGAGUUUUACAAGGCGCACAGGAUGACGGUCGGGGGCGGGAGAAGCGGGGCGCUUUAUGCCAGAAUUGCCCCUGAAGAUGUUGGAAAUCACUUAUCCGACCUGUUUUUUCCGACGGAUAGUUCUUCUUCGUCGUCGUCGUCGUCGUCUCAUCGGCGGAGCCAUUGAGACCUGAGAAUUAUAACCGGCGCUGAUUUUUUUGUCUUUUAUUUAAUCGCCGGUUUUGUGGCGAUUUUUCCAGAGGUAUGUAUUUUUUGUUUUCUUCUG